CUUUCUGACCUUGCAGCAUCUGUCAGUCUCAAACUUGAUCCUUGGCAUGUUUCUUUUUGGUCCCUAAGUGCGGUAUGGCAACAGAGGAGCAGAAGCCCAGCGAGUUGACUCUGUCUUUUUUUUGCAAGACAGGGCCACAGAAGCUCGUGUUUCCCGCAAAGCUCACCGGCGAGGAGUUGAAAGAUCAGCUGCGAGAGCCCUUGGGCCUUGCAGCCGACACACCUUUGGCCCUGAGCUACCAGAACGGGUCUCGAAACUCUUUGAAGAAGGUCUUAGAGGAGAAGCAAAGUUUGGCCGAGCAGGGAGUUGAGGAUGGGGCAUUUGUGACCGUGAAAGUGGAUGCCAUUGAGGUUCGCCCUGAGAACUCCUUCCUGCGUGAGUCGAUUCGCAACAAUGGCGGCAAUAGCUACUACUACGCCCACGCCAAUGAAAAGGAGCUGCCUCCUGAGCUCCGAUAUGUCUAUGGUGGGGAUCCCAUCAAGUUGGGAUCCAACCAAGAAGGCUAUGUUUUGAAGGCACCUGCACCCAAAGCGUUGACCCACUAUUCUUGGGCAGACGAGGGAGACUUUGUUUGCAUCUACGUGUCUGCUGAGGGAGAGCCAGAGGCAGUUGAAGCAGCCAAGGACGGAGAGGUGAAGGUCCAAUUUGAGCCGAGAUCAGCUGAGCUUCGGAUAAGCAAAGACUCAAAGGAAUACGCCCUUAGCCUCCGGCAGUUGGAAGGUGAAAUUGUGCCUGAUGAGUCGAAGCACCGAGUUAGUGCUGGCAAGAGGGUGACCUUGAAGAUGAAAAAGAAGCGAACUGUGACAUGGACCAGACUUCAGCAAAGCAAAUGAGUGGAUCCGUUCGCCCAGUUCAAACCUGGAGCUGUCCAUGGAAGCCCGGAAAAGGGCUCUUCGAAUGCAUGCCACCUGUGAACAUUAGUCUCUUUGCAGUUCGUUGAGGGGCGCCCCCCAAAAUAUACACCCCAGCUCCA